AUGUCGGUGAGAUGCAAGCCAGGUGGUAGGCUGGCAGAAUUACUUGCAGACCUUCAGGCCCAGAGAAGACAACAAGAAGAUGAGGGUGAGACUCACCCUUCCUACAAGUAUCAGGGGAUCCCCAUCAAAGGUGAAAUUGCUGGGCUGGCAAAUGAAGGACUCUCCAUGGCAAGCACCCCUAAGCUGCAACAAGCAGUGAGAGCAACCAUUGACUGCACUGUGCUUCAUUUGAAGCAAAGAUUCAGCAGUCUACUUUAUGAAGACUCUGCAGCAGCACCAGCGAAGGCAGUGAAAUCACUCAAAAUAUUCAGCCAUGAUUCCUGGCCAGAACAGAGGGAUAAGUUAACAGACUAUGGUACAGAGGAGCUGGACUUUCUGCUGGAUCACUACUCAUCUGUCUUAACAAGAAAUGGCUGUGAUUCCACUCUGGCGAGAGAGGAGUUUCAAUCCAUGAAGACAUUCAUCUUCAGGAACUACAUGGACAAGUCCUACCACUCCCUAUGGGAGAUGAUGUUAACAAAGUUACCUUUCUCUUCUGAUUACAAGAACAUCCUUCAUCUGGUGCACAUUAUGCUCGUCCUCCCGGUCUCCUCUGCAGUGUGUGAAAGGGGAUUUUCUGCCCAGAAGAGGAUUAAAUCUGAUGUCAGGGGGUCCCUACAUGUAGACACUGUAGAGGACCUGAUUAGAAUCAGCAUGGAGGGGCCUAGUCUAAAAGACUUUGAUGCCAGGGAAUCUGUUCAAGCAUGGUUCAGUUCAGGUAAAAGGUCUAGGAGGCCCAAUUACAAGGGCUGGCCCUCUGAGCCUCCUUGCGGAACCCAGGAGGAGCUGCUUUAA